AUGGCAUUACGGACGGAUUUUUUUGAGGAAUGCACGCCAGGUUAUUACAACAGUGAGGGGAAGACGUCGAAAUUCGGCGCAAAGAAUGCAACAUAUGCGGGUGGCAGUCCGGCAUUCUUAAAGAUGUUGACAUAUUGGAGAGAGAAAGGUAAUUUGGCUGGGCUAGGUGUGAGAUACUUCCCGAAAGUAAAGGAUAAGAAGGUUAGGACCAGGAAUUUAACGUCACGGUACGAUGAUUUACAGGAGAAGGAGCAGGCUGAGAUAUUUGAUCUACUGAAGAGACAGAAGGACAAGAUGGCGAAGUUGCUGAGGAAGAGUGCUGAGGCGAAGAGUGUAUGA